AUGGGAAUUGGGAAAAUUAUAGUGCCUGCCAUCUGUGGGGUUGAACAUGAAAGGGUAGAUGAGAAUGACAUGAAGUUAGGGGGAAGUGGUUCUAGGGAAGCUGCUAAGGGCUAUGACCCAAAGAAACGCAGAACUUCCAUAACAAAAGCCCCAAAUGUUUCUAAGCCUUCCAAGAAAAGAAAGGUUUCAUCCCCAACACCUACUGCCUCCUCAUUGCCAAGGGGUAAAGCUACAAGAAGCAGGGUGAAACAGAGUAAAGCUGAUCUAAUAAGGGCCUUAGAAAAAAGUAAGAAAAAGAAAAAGGAUAAAAGAAAGGGAAAGAUUGCAGAGUCCUCAGAGGCUUUUGAGGAAGAGGAGAUGAAACUAGUCCAUCAAGAAAGGGGUACAACAGUGGAGGUUCCUACAACCAAGCCUAAAAAUCCCAAGACCUCUUCAAAGAAGUCUUCCUCUGUGCCUGUGGCUGCUGAACCCACACUAGCCAAGAGGACAAGAUCUGCAGUGAAAACCAAACAAUCAAAAGUUUCUGAUGAUGAUGACUGGAGUGGAGACGAAGAAGAAAAUGAUUCUGAGAAGGAACAGGACAAGCUUGCCAUUUUUGGCAGAAGAAAGAUUUUAAAGGGCAGACUGUUGAAGGACCUGGUGGAACCAGGAAUGAUGAGAUUGCUGGAUCCUUUAGCUGCUCAGGGAUGGAAGGACAUGGUCCUUAAAUAG